CUUUGACUAAUUCAGUCUUUCCGAAUUGACAAGCCACUGGAACGAUAUGCGGUUUCUUUGCCUGCAUGGUGCAGGUACAUCCAGCAAGAUCUUCGAAAGCCAGACUGCUGCUUUGCGGCAUGAACUUGGGCCGGGACAUAGUUAUCAUUUCGUUCAAGGGGUUGUGCAAGCACCUAUGCACCGAGCCAUUGAGAAGUUGUCCAACCCGGCCGAUGAGCAUUUCGUCUACUACAAGCCAUCCGAUCCUAUCUCCUUUAGCAAGGCCGUGACUGAUCUAGGAAGUUACGUUGCAGACGAGGGGCCAUUUGACGGUGUAAUGGCUUUCUCUCAGGGUACCUCUCUUGCAUCGGCGUUUAUGAUUGCCAAGCAGAAUCGACAAAACGGCACGGCGCCAUUCAAAUGUGCCAUCUUCUUCUGUGGACGACCACCGUUCGUGGACAUACCCGACCAGCAGGCGACCGCCGAUACAGAUAUUCAGCUCUACACAGCCCACAUUUGGGGGGCGAGGGAUGAAGAGCCAGAGUUAGCACCUCAGCUAGCCCAAAUGUGUAAGGCGAGCAAGCGCCAUGUCUUUGCUCAUGAUGGGGGUCAUGAGAUUCCUGGUGGCAGGGAUAGUGUCGCUUUCAAUGGCACGGUCCACGUUAUCGAAAGGAUGCUCGCAUCUGUGGAGAAGUCAAAUAUGCGAGCAAGCUAAGACCCACUACGGCUCUGAGGACUUCUGGCGGUCAGUGCAAGGACAAUGAUGCAUGGUGGUAGGGAUCAAUUCGUAGUUGAUGUCGAUUUAGGGCGUAAGACAGGUAGAAACUGAACCCGGACAUUAGUAUUCACC